AUGGCCAGUCCAGCCGUGUUCCCACCAUUGAAUUUGCACUCGACGUCGUCCACCAGCAGCGCUCGACGCAGUAACUUUAUGCCACGUGCAGCCUUUCCUCAAGGCGACAACAAUAACGAAGAUGUCGAUCGUCGCAAUGUCACGGCACUUACGAUCGUGGAUCUACUUGCUCGUGCCGAUACUGCGGCUGGUAGCAAGGCCAAUAUCAACAAACAACAGCAGUCUCUGCCUUCUUUGCGUUCGCAGAGCAACAAUUUGACGAGUAACCCGUCACUGCCUUCGCUACCCAAGAUGGUGGUCCCGUUGCUACGUGGAGACCAACGAUUUUCCUUUCCGAGCAAUUCGGGCGGAUAUUCAACAAAGACACCGACGUCUUCGGCCGUGCUUCCAAACAGCUUAUCACCUUCUGCACGACUCAUGUCAAUGUCUGCAGCUGCUGGUACUUCACAGUCAACAGAUCCCAGUCUACCCAAGAGGGCCCGAGCUGCCACUGCUUCGGGAGCAGUUAACAACUCUCGGAAAAGACAGAAGGAUGAGCUGACACGACUCCGUGCACAGGUGCAGGAACUACAGCGUGAACUAGAACACGUACGCUCAAGGAUGCCUCGGAAAUCACGUUCCACUUCAGUGGUUAUGAAUACUGAAAUCAAGAUUGAAGAUGGACGACAUAUGGAACGGUCACAUCAUUCUCCUGUAGCAGUCACUGCUGCACCUCUUAUGGGGUUAGAGGCUGCUGGUGACUGUACUAGUGGACUGAUGGUAGUACCGGUGUGGGAACGCAUGGCGCACCACCAGAAGGAGGAGAAAAGCAAGGCCGAGAUGGAGAAUUUGCGUCUUAAGGGUCUUAUUCAAGAACAGCUCAAGAUCUCCAAAGGUCUUGAGAAGCUAUUACGAAAGAGAUGCAAGUCGUCCAUGAGCUCAGGAUCUGAUGUCGAGACCUCUGCAGUUGGUCUCGGAGUCAAGCGGCCUCGUACAAGCGACACGGCGGAAACGGCCGUGUUCGCGUCAUUGGCUUCUGGCUUGGAUGCUCGACUUGCUGAGAUGGAGGCGGUGUUUGAAAAGGGAGGUCUGACGCGGGACAAGCAGGAGUUACAAGAAACACAAAUGAUCCUUGACGAACGUCGUGGACCAGUGAUGGAGGUCAAGGACGCCAAGAUUUUACCAUUUGACGUGAAGGCAUGCGCGGCCGCAGUUUGGCAGUCCAUGGAAGCUGAGUCAGAGGCAACAGUUGUGGGAGGUGCAUCCGGCGAUACUCUCUGUUUUAAAAGCUAUAUACCCCUCCGGCAGCACCGAGCACCUGAUGCCGAGCUCAGUGUCCGUUGUGUCAUUCGUCGUGUGAUGGAUGAGCCAUCCGGCCUCGUUGUGUUUGUGUGGGAAUCGGUGGCCGAGUGUCCCAACCGCCUGCCGCACGUAAGCUCUAACGCCAAGGGCGUGGAGAUACGGGACUGUGGCUGGGGACUGCUACAACCAUUACGGAGCUCUAUAGGCGAGAACUCUAGCAUUCUGCAGCUCUGCUCGUACCUGAUGCCCCAGCUGUGUGGCGUCUCAGCAGAGCAGAGUCGGCAACAUAUUCACGGACUCGCCGAGCUGGUGGCGCCAUGCUAUCGGGGUUUAUGGAGCAAGCGGCAACGCAAUGUGGAGAAUACACUCAUGAACGGCGCCAUUAGCGCCAGGAACAGCCAUAGCGCGCUUAAUGUAAAGCUCAAAUAA